AUGCUUCCGGUAAAGGUUGGAGAUGUAGAAGCUGGACUUCUUGUCGCACUUGCUGACUGUAAUUGCGUCUCGGACAUUGAGGUGGCGUGGACUGAUUCCUGCACAGUGAAAGAGGCAAUGAUCAUAUGGACAAGGAAGAAAGGCUUCACGGUGUUGGGUGAGGCCCACUUGGCCUUUAUUAAAGCACAAAGCAUUAUUACGUUUCCAUCAAACUCUCUGAUCAGAAACAAACACAGAAUGAAGAUCUUCUUCUUCUUUUACUUUGUCUUAUUCUCCCUCCUGAUCCAAUCCUGUUUCUCCAACAACAUGAUCAUGAGAAGACAGUCUUUAAAAGACGGUGAUGUUAUAUUCUCUGAAGGAAGGAGAUUCGCCUUUGGAUUCUUCAGCCUGGGGACUUCGAAGCUCCGGUAUGUUGGGAUUUGGUACGCACAAGUCUCUGAGCAAACUGUUGUAUGGGUUGCAAACAGAGACCAUCCUAUUAAUGACACAUCUGGUCAUAUAAAGUUCAGCAGCAGAGGCAAUCUCUGUGUCUAUCCAUCUGUCAAUGGAACUGAGCCUAUCUGGUCUACAGAUGUCUUGGACACGAUCUCAGAACCGGCUUUAGUUGCGAAGCUAUCUGAUUUAGGCAACCUUGUUCUGAUUGAUCCUGUCACAAAGAAAAGCUUCUGGGAGAGCUUUAAUCAUCCUACAAACACUCUGCUUCCCUUCAUGAAGUUUGGAUACACUCGCCAAGACGGCCUGGAUCGGUUUAUGACGUCGUGGAGAUCACCUAGUGACCCAGGUUCCGGAAACAUUACAUACCGGAUAGACCGUAGAGGGUUUCCUCAGAUGAUGAUGUACAAGGGACCGACUCUGUCGUGGCGUACUGGUUCAUGGACAGGGCAGAGAUGGAGCGGUGUGCCUGAAAUGACGAACAAGUUUAUCUUCAACAUCUCCUUUGUGAAUACUCCGGAUGAAGUAUCAAUCACUUAUGGUGUGUUGAACCCUUUAGUCAUAACAAGAAUGGUGCUAAACGAGACGGGGAUCGUCCAACGGUUCACAUGGAACGGGAGGGAUAAGAAAUGGAUUGGGUUCUGGUCAGCUCCUGAAGAGAAGUGUGAUAACUACAACCACUGUGGUGUUAACGGUUACUGUGAUCCCACGAGUACAGAGAAGUUUGAGUGCACUUGCCUACCGGGCUACGAGCCCAAAAAGCCUCAGGACUGGUCCUUGAGGGAUGCUUCGGGUGGGUGCAAGAGGAGAAAUACAGCUUCCAUGUGUAGUGGGAGAGAAGGUUUUGCCAAGUUAAAGCGUGUGAAGGUUCCCAAUACAUCAGCUGUAAGGGUAGAUAUGGACAUAACAUUGAAGGAAUGCGAAAAGAGGUGCUUGAGGAACUGCUCUUGUGUCGCUUAUGCGAGUGCUUACCACGAGAGCGAAGGCGGAGCAAAAGGGUGCUUGACGUGGCACGGAGAUAUGUUGGAUACAAGGACAUACCUGAGCUCGGGACAAGACUUCUACCUGCGCGUAGAUAAGGCAGAGCUAGCGCGGUGGAAUGGGAAUGGAUCAUCAGGGAAGAGGAGACUCGUUUUGAUUCUCAGCAGUUUGGCUGUAGCUGUGAUGUUACUAAUGAUCAUUUUGUUACUUUUCAUAAGGAAACGACGGCUUAACAAGUUGAAAACAUACACAGGUGCAGAGUCUAACAGGCAUAGAAAACCUUCGUCAACCUUCGCCCCGAACUCGUUUGAUCUUGAAGACUCCUUCACAUUAGAAGAGCUUGAGGACAAAUCAAGAAACCGAGAGUUACCUCUUUUUGAGCUUAGCACGAUCGCUGCAGCGACAGAUAACUUCUCUUUCCAAAACAAGCUUGGAGCAGGUGGUUUCGGACCCGUUUAUAAGAUUUGGGCUCUAUGGGAAAAAGGUGAAGCAGCUACGAUCAUAGACACGUUAAUGGACGAAGAUACUUAUGAUGAGAGCGAGGUGAUGAAAUGCAUACACAUUGGGUUGCUUUGCGUGCAAGAAAGCGCUUCGGACAGACCAGACAUGUCAUCUGUUGUGUUCAUGUUGGGACAUAACGCCAUUGAUCUUCCAUCUCCGAAGCAUCCUGCGUUUACGGUGGGAAGGAAGAGAAGCGUCACAAAUGGCGGCAGCUCAGGUAAUUGGCCCAGCGGAGAAACCGGUAGCUCUUUUAACGACGUUACUCUCACCAACGUUGAAGGCCUGAACAAUCUCUCGCUUUCUGCAAUUGCAAUGGCUUCCUUCACAACAUCUUCUUCUUCCUCGCUUCUCCCGAAAACUCUGCUUCCCGUAAGCCACCUGACACGCUUCCAUACACUCUCCGGUAUCCGCCGAUGCGGCACAUGGAAUCCUCUGCUCCGGAGUAUCUCCGCCGCUGGGUCUCGGCGACGCGUGGCGAUUGUCAAGGCUGCGACGGUUGAUUCAGAUUACUCGUCUAAACGGAGCAGUAGCAACGAGCAGAGGGAAACGAUUAUGCUCCCUGGAUGCGACUACAAUCACUGGCUUAUUGUAAUGGAAUUCCCCAAGGAUCCAUCGCCAACAAGGGAACAGAUGAUUGAUACUUACCUUAACACUCUUGCUACUGUUCUCGGAAGUAUGGAAGAGGCAAAGAAGAACAUGUAUGCAUUCAGUACCACAACGUAUACUGGAUUCCAAUGCACCAUUGACGAAGAAACAUCUGAGAAGUUCAAGGGUUUGCCUGGAGUUCUCUGGGUUUUGCCUGACUCCUACAUAGAUGUCAAGAACAAGGACUAUGGAGGCGACAAGUACAUCAAUGGAGAGAUUAUCCCGUGCACAUACCCAACAUACCAACCAAAGCAGCGUAAUAACUCCAAGUAUCAGAGUAAGAGGUACGAAAGAAAAAGAGACGGUCCACCUCCUGAGCAGCAGAGGAAACCAAGACAAGAACCAGCCGCUUCUGAUUCCUCCUCUUGA